AUGGCCUGCGGAUCUUCCCAAUGUCUCUACGACCGCAACGGUCCCGGAAGUGCUGCUACAUCGAUCGCCGAGUCCAUCCUCAAGCCCUCCGAGGCCACGGGCACAAAGACCAAAUGCAUUGAGUGCGGCGACUACGAAUGCUGCUGCAUCCCCUGCACCAUCCUGUAA